CAGACUUUGAGCAUUUAGGGCGUGUUGUGUCUUAGUGGCAACGAUCAAAACCAUACAAUGAUACAUACAGAUUGCAGAUGGUCAUGUUUUCAGAUAUGGAGCAUAUCGAAUGUGGUUACCAUGGAAACAUACAUCUACAUCUGGGAAAAAUGGUAAAAUGAAUGAACGACGUUCAGAUGUACUGUGUUAUAUAUACAGCAGAUAUGGAGCAACAACUUCAUGAAGGAAUCUACUACCGGGUUUCUAUAUCACUGAGUAUUGUUAUCAUAACUCUGUCAGUAUCUGAGAUUUUCUUGUGUGUCCAUGGGUCAGAUGGAAAUGCGAUACCUAAUCAAACUCUGAACAACGUGAGCAUUGAGUGCCGACCAAAUUUUUGUUAUAACGGGGCGACAUGUGAUGGAACUAUUGGGUCGUAUACAUGUACCUGCCCAGUGGGAUUUACUGGAUUAAGAUGCGAAACAGAUAUCGACGAGUGUUCACCCAUUCCCUGUAAGAACGGUGGUCAAUGUUACCAUGGUGUUGACGAGUUCUGGUGCGACUGUAAUGAAGGGUUUACUGGGGACAGAUGUCAAACAGAUAUAAAUGAAUGUGCCUCGAAGCCUUGUUUCAAUGGUGGCAGGUGUGUCGAUGGUUGCAAUCUAUAUUCGUGCAUUUGUAAAAAUGGCUAUAGUGGACCGCAGUGUCAAACCGAAAUAGAUGAAUGUAUUUCCAAUCCAUGCCUUAACGGGGGUUCCUGUACAGAUGUUAUCGAUGGAUUCUCCUGUAAAUGCAAGAAGGGUUACAAAGGAAUCUGGUGUCAAGAUGUAGAUAUGUGUGCAUCUAACCCAUGUCCCUCGAACUCAAAGUGUGUGCAAGGUAUCAACAAGUACAAGUGUCAAUGUGAUGCGGGAUAUAAUGGAAGAAACUGCAAAAACAAUAUAGACGAAUGCUCCUCGGACCCGUGCAAAAAUGGCGGGAGCUGUGUGGAUGGUAUUGACAGAUUUACCUGUAAAUGUAGGAAAGGGUUCACAGGGAAAUUUUGUCAAACAGACGUGGAUGAAUGCGCGUCAAACCCGUGCAAGAACGGAGCGGAAUGUGUACAAGGUAUCAAUAAAUUUAGAUGCAACUGUGCCUCUGGAUUUACCGGGGAACUGUGUGAGACAGAUCUCGAUUUAGAUAUAGAUGAAUGUGCCUCUAAUCCGUGUUCUAAAGGAGCAAUAUGUAUAGACGGAAGAAAUCAAUACUCGUGUGUGUGUGAGAAGGGAUAUACGGGCGAUAAGUGUCAGACAGAAACCGAUGAAUGCGCAUCAGAUCCGUGUACAAAUGGCGGUAAAUGUGUAGAUGGAAUUAAUACAUACAGGUGCGCGUGCAAGGAGGGUUAUACCGGAGGAAGAUGCCAGGAGAUUGACGAGUGCGCUUCGAAUCCAUGCCAAAAUGGCGGCGAAUGUAUGGACGGACUGGAUAAAUUCAGAUGUAAAUGUCCGCCAGGUUUCAAGGGAAAGACAUGCGCAAUAGACAUUGACGAGUGUGCUUCAGAUCCAUGUAUGAACGGAGCUAUCUGUGUACAGGACAUCAAUAAGUUCACGUGCAUCUGUGACGCAGGUUAUGAAGGAACAUGGUGUCAAAAAGAAAUAAAGUAUCCAGAGGCUGGUCACGUGACGUUUUUGAAAUCCCACGUCUUUGCGGUAUCGGCGUUUGCACUAGUCGUCAUUAUGGUGUUGAUUAAAUAUGUUAUCAAGCAGUCGUCAAAGAAGACCUUCAAUCCAUAUUCUGAUUGGUCAAGCAAAGAAGAAGAGAAAGAACCAAAACAAAAACCUAGUUUUUCAAGCUCUUCAAAAAAGAAGGAGAACACGCAUGCGCACUCCAGGCGACGCGCUGAGGAUCUGUUUGAUGAACGUUUCAGAGCCAAUCUGCAAAACAUGUUUACUGAUAGAUUACGACAGAUGACUCUUAACGCUAAAAGAAGAGAAGAAUAUAUGAAAGAAUUUGCGGAAAAGUUAGAACUUUUAGAACGUUUUCCUCACGUAAUUCUGCACUUUCAUAACAUACCUUGGCCGAGUAAGAGAGGUCAAGAGGAUGACAAAAAUGUACUCUUUGACGGUUUGAAUAGAUCAGAACCGGAGAGUAAAAAGUAUAUACGGGAACAACAAAUACGUUGGCAUCCAGAUAAAUUUCUGCAGAAGUUUGGGAAACACAUUAAUGAGGAAGAAAGGGAGACCAUCAUGGACAGAGUGACUGUGAUUUCGCAGGAUAUCAAUAGAAUGACUAGCUAACACAUUAUCAUAUACAGUCCAAAAACUGUAUAUUCAGAAAUAUUUGUUGUUUUGGAUUAUUUUUUGUUGUUGUUGUUUUCAGUUGGAAUCGUGCAUAAUUACAUCAACACUUUUCAAAUACCACGUCCGUUAGAAGGAUAAUAACUGGUUCCCUAAACGCUGAUAAUGCGAUGUUUACUAUAGGUUACCAUAAUUUGGGGUAUUUUAGACAUCGUUGAUAUA